UCUGCGCUGCGGUUGCUAAAAAUAAAGUUAUCACCCAGGAGUCCAGGAUCGGGCAACAGGAUUUCAAGCUGGAGCAGAUGGAAGCCUUUCAAGAGUCGCUAGAGAUCACCAUCGCCAGUUGAAAAUAUGCCCAACGUGGACGAGCCGCGGGUAAAAGCGAUAAAGCGAGUGGAAACGGAACUGUCGGAGGAGAAGCCCGAUCUUCAGGAGGGCCAGGGCGAACCCAGGGAGGAGCUCGAGGAGGAGGCCAGCGGCAAGAUCAAGGGCCGUUCCCGUUUCUCUGCGGCUCUGCGAAGCCUCUCGAAGUCGAAAGCCAAGAGGGAAAGGGAGCUGGACAAAAGCGCCGACAGGGAAACCAGAAGCGCGGAGGAGGAGGCGCAGGAAACCCCUGGUGAGCUGGAAGACGUGGCCAGCUCCAUUUCCACGGACAGCGGAGCCCUCGGCAAGACCAAAAAGAAGAGCCUGACGCGGCGACUGCUCUUGGGUGGUCUGCGGAAAACCGGGAAGACCUCGAAGGUGCGACCCCACAGUCUGGCCACCAGCGACGACCUCAGCGUGGAGCACCUGGAGGCCACUCCCCUGCCAUCGCCGCCCGGCUCGCCAUCCUCCGCCGGCAGCAGCACCCUGCAGAUCACCAUCAGCGGCAAGAAGGUGGAGCCAUCGUCGCCCGCCAAGAAGAGCGGUAAGAGCAGGCCGAAGAGCGACACGGACUACCUGACACCCGCCGCAGAGGAGAAGAGCAGGCCGCGGAAGAAAACCACCACGACCACGGUGACCACGAGAGCCGAUUCGAGCAGCACCCGCACCACCACCAAGCUGCUGGUGGCCAAGAAGAAGCCCCAGAGUCCCGAGAGAGAGCCGCUAUCUGCGUCGCCCCUUAUCACCACCACCAACACAACCAACAGCACCACCGCUGCUACCGCCGCCGCUGCAACCGAGAGCACUCGCGAUACGCCGCCCAGAGAACGGGCGCCGGCGAAGCCGAGUCGCGUUCAGUCGGCCAGCGGCACCGGAGCAGUUCGCAAGUCGCAGUCCUCGAGCGGAUCCAGCAGGAAGCUGGAAUUGAUGCAGCAGCAGCAGCAGCGCGGCCACCGCCUGAACGCCAGACCACUGGCUGAACCAGCGAGCUUGGAAGCCACCCUCGACCCGUCCACAUCCGCAGCCACCGCCACCGAUACUGCCACAUCCACAGCCACAGCCACGGAAAUAUCCUUUGCAUCCCCGCCGGCGGCUGACGACGGUAUCUCCUCGGCGGAAAGCGCCCAGACCCUAGCCAAUCCUCCGCCCGUAGUCCGCUUCGCGGUGGGCAGUGCCGUGAGGAGUCCAUUGAGUGCCUACGAAGCAGCCUUGGCCGCCGCCGCCAGUCAGCAGCCGAACUCGAACGAGGAGCUCAGCGACUCCAGCCUCCGGCGACUGAACUUCGCCCAGCAGCAGCUCGUCUUGGGCGACCACGACAGCAUCGAGGGCAGGCGGGAAACGCUACGCUAUCAGUCGGUGGCCAGUGAGUACUCCAACCAGGACUCCGGGUCCGAGGACGAGAGCGAGGAGCAGCCGGAAGCCAGGGAGCCGGAGAGCGACAAGCCCAUGCCGGCCUUCGGUGACCUGACCAUGGAUCAGGAAAUGGAACCGGCCAUCAUGACGUCCACCAGCGAUAAGCGCGAGCAUCUGUACAAGAUUCUAGUCAUCGGUGAGCUGGGCACCGGAAAGACGUCCUUCAUCAAGCGCUAUGUGCACCAGUUCUUCAGCCAGAACUACAGGGCCACCAUUGGAGUGGACUUCGCCCUGAAGGUGCUCCAGUGGGACGCCAACACGAUAGUGCGCCUGCAGCUGUGGGACAUUGCUGGCCAGGAGCGGUUCGGCAACAUGACCCGUGUUUACUACAAGGAGGCGGUGGGAGCGUUCAUCGUUUUCGAUGUGACGCGCAGCGGGACCUUCGAUUGCGUGAGCAAGUGGAAGGAGGACCUGGACUCCAAGGUGCAGCUGCCGGACGGCAGUCCCAUUCCGUGCAUCCUGCUGGCCAAUAAAUGCGAUCAGGAAAAGCAGGGCAUCAUUACGCAGCCCGAAAAAAUGGAUGAGUACGUGAGGGAAAACGGAUUUGCCGGCUGGUUUGAGACGUCCGCCAAGGAGAACAUUAACAUCGAUGAGGCAGCUCGUGCCCUCGUGAAUAAGAUACUCAUCAACGAUAAGCUGAUAUCUGCCGACCUGGCUGAUGGCGACAAGUUCAACUUGAGCACGGGCGAUGCAGCCGGAUCGGAUGCCAAGAACAAGUGUUCCUGCUGACCUGGAACAAAGGUCCGGCCAUCUGCUACACAUUCCAAUUACCGUUCCCAGUCUGAGCGCCUCCAAGAGCGAUUUUCUAGGACGAAAACGCAUUGUGCCUACGUCCACUCCAUGUUCAUGUUGUUAGAAGAUAGCGAUAACUAUGCUUAGGGUUUCAGCGUAACAUUUGUCUAAGACUUAGCCUCAUCCGAGAUCCCCAUCAUCCCGUCCAUCCAUCAGAUUGUCUUUAUCUUUAGCACCCCGUCUUGUAAAUCCCGAUAAGACUCGUCUGUGGGUCUACAUUGUUGCUUCGGGAUCCGGGUCACUGCGUGAAUUUAUACCAUGGCACAUUGCUUACCUACGCAUACGCCCAUUAUACUUAUCAUUAUUAUCGCCAGGAUUAGCAGCAUCCGUAUCAUAGCAUUCUACAUCUGUGUAAAAUACGAAUCGUGUUCUUGUUUUUGUUUGUUUUAUUUGCCUCUGCCGGCGAGAUUGUUUUAUCUUGGAAUUAUAAUUACUCUCACACAUGCAAACACACUCUGCCAUCUUUAUUUGCAUUUAGAUAACAAUACGUACGUUUUAUGCAAUACGAAAUGAGAAAUAAAGUUUCUAAUGGUAGUUAAGUUAA